AUGAUGGGCGAGUGGCUUCUACAAGGGGAAGCCAGGUUUGUCAACCAGAUUCCUCAAGAGGACCAGUGGAGGUUUAAGCCGUUUUUUCCAUUCCAAACCUUGCAAGGAUUUGAAGAAGAUGAAGAAGAACAUAUCCAUAUACAACAGUGGGCACUUACCGAAGGCCGUCUCAAAGUUACAUUGUUAGAAUGUAGCAGGUUACUCAUUUUUGGAUCCUAUGACAGAGAGGCAAAUAUUCACUGUACGCUUGAGUUGAGCAGUGGUGUUUGGGAAGAAAAACAGAGGAGUUCGAUUAAGACGGUUGAAUUAAUAAAGGGGAAUUUACAGAGUGUCGGACUUACACUUCGUCUUGUCCAGUCAACUGACGGGUAUGCUGGGCAUGUCAUAAUUGAGACUGUGGCCCCAAACUCACCUGCUGCACUCGCAGACCUUCAACGGGGAGACCGACUCAUUGCUAUUGGAGGUGUGAAAAUCACCUCUACCCUGCAAGUGUUGAAGCUGAUCAAGCAGGCCGGCGACCGGGUCCUGGUGUAUUACGAAAGGCCCGUCGGCCAGAGCGGCCAGGGCACGGCCCUGCAGGAUCAUUUCGGACAGCUGGAGGAACACUUCCUGUCGGCCUCAUGCCCACCGAACUAUGAGGAGGAGACACCUGCCUUGGCAGCGGAUACUGAGAACAGAGAUUUGGACUCUGAAUUUGAAGACCUGGCAGGUGAUGUCCGAGCACAAACUGAGCUCAAAGAUGAGGCACCGUCAUUAAGUCACAGUCCCAAACGUACUCCAACAACACUUUCUGUUAAACCCCUUGGAACGAUAUCACCGGUUUUAAACCGUAAAUUAGCUGUAGGAAGUCACCCUCCCCCACCAAAACCUCCAUGCAAAGAAGGAAAUAAACCCUCAGCCCUAAAAGCUUCUGAGGUAACAGACCCCACACAAGUGUCAAAACCCACCCAAGGAUCCACUUUCAAACCACCCGUCCCACCACGACCACAGGUGAAAGUCCCUUUGCCUUCUGCCGACGCCCCAAGUCAGACAGAACCAGAUGUGCCCGCUGAAAAGCCAGAAAAGGUGCUGCCUCCUCCUCCUGCAGAUAAACCUGCUGAGAAGCAAGCAAAAACUACAGAUCACACGGAAGACGCGGCUGCAUCGAAGCAGUUUUUAGCAAAGCAAGACGUGGUGAGAGAUUUUCCAUCAGAAAGUUCCUGCCCUCCCAAGGACAGUUCAGAUGACCCCCAGACAUGGGAAUCGUCAGAAAUCCCUUACCGAAAUAAGCUAGGAAAAUGGACCAGAAGCAGAGCAACCUGUCUCUUUGACAUAGAAGCCUGCCACAGGUACUUAAACGUUGCCCUGUGGUGCAGGGAUCCCUUCAAGUUAGGGGGUCUUAUCUGUCUGGGGCACGUUAGCCUGAAACUUGAAGACGUGGCUCUAGGAUGUCUGGCGACAUCAAACAUGGAAUACUUUUCAAAGUUCCGACUGGAAGCCCCCUCACCUAAGGCGAUGGUCACGAGAACCGCCCUGCGCAGUCUGAGUGUGCAGAAGGGAUUCAAUGACAAAUUUUGCUUUGGUGACAUUACUAUUCACUUCAAAUACUUGAAAGAAGGAGAGCCAGACCACCCUGUCGUCCCUAACUUAGAGAAAGAGAAAGACCUCCAUUUGAUCGAAGAGGUUCCUGCCCUACCCAAAGAGGAGCAUCUCGUUGGACAGAUGGGCUUGACAGAAAACAAACAUAGUUUCCAGGAUACUCAGUUCCAGAACCCAACUUGGUGUGAUUACUGUAAGAAAAAAGUGUGGACUAAAGCUGCCUCCCAGUGUAUGUUCUGUGCUUACGUCUGCCAUAAAAAAUGUCAGGAAAAGUGUCUAGCCGAGACUCCUCUCUGCGGAGCAGCUGAUAGGCGGAUAGACCGGACCCUGAAAAACCUCAGGCUGGAAGGACAGGAAAGCUUCUUAGGCCUGCCUCCUCGUGUCGAUGCUGAAGCUAGCAAGUCAGUCAACAAAACAACAGGUUUGACAAGACAUAUUAUCAAUACGAGCUCCCGUUUGCUAAAUCUGCGCCAGGUCUCUAAAACUCGCCUUUCCGAACCAGGAACUGAGCUGGUGGAGCCUUCACCAAAACACACACCCAACACAUCAGACAACGAAGGCAGCGACACAGAGGUGUGUGGUCCGAACAGUCCUUCUAAACGGGGGAACAACACAGGAAUAAAGUUGGUGAGAAAGGAGGGUGGUCUGGACGACAGCGUUUUCAUUGCAGUUAAAGAAAUCGGCCGCGAUCUGUACAGGGGUUUGCCUACGGAGGAGAGGAUCCAGAAACUUGAGUUCAUGCUGGAUAAACUGCAGAAUGAAAUUGACCAGGAGCUGGAACACAAUAAUUCCCUUGUUAGAGAAGAAAAGGAAACAACCGAUACAAGGAAAAAAUCACUUCUUUCUGCCGCUCUGGCGAAAUCAGGUGAAAGACUACAAGCCCUGACACUUCUCAUGAUCCACUACAGAGCAGGCAUUGAAGACCUGGAAUCUUUAGAAAGUCUGUCUUUAGACCAGCCCUCCAAAAAAAUAAGCAAGUACACAGAUGAUACAGAAGAAGAUCUUGAUAAUGAAAUAACCCAGCUGAUCGACUCCCAGCCAUUCAGCAGCAUAUCAGAGGGCUUGUUUGGCCCAUCCGAGUCUGUUUAA